GUAAUCAAGUUUGUUCAAAGUUCAUUUUCAUAAACUUGUUUUGUGAACACGACGUAAAAGUUAUAUAUUUAAUUUAUUUAAUUAAUAUUUUAUAAAAUGGCAUCUGUUAGGUCUGUAACACGUUUUCUCUUGGGGAAAAAUAUAUUCAACAACAAUCUUGUAGCACCGACAUCAAAUGCUAAUUUCGUGAAGUUCUACAGUGCAGCUCCCGCAUACGAAAAUAUAAAGAUCGAUGUCGUGGGAUCCAAGAAGAAUGUAGGCCUCAUCCAGCUGAACAGACCUAAAGCACUGAACGCGCUGUGCAAACCACUUUUCGUUGAGCUCGGAAAAGCUGUUACUGAUUUUGACAGUGAUAACAGCAUUUCUGCCAUCAUUAUCACUGGAAAUGAAAAGGCUUUCGCAGCUGGUGCUGAUAUUAAAGAAAUGCAAAACAACACAUACAGUGACAAUGUAAGAGCUGGCUUCCUGAGAGAGUGGGAGGACAUUAGCAACUGUGGAAAACCAAUUAUCGCAGCUGUCAAUGGAUUCGCGUUGGGCGGUGGGUGCGAGCUGGCGAUGCUUUGCGACAUCAUCUACGCAGGCGAGAAGGCCAAAUUCGGGCAGCCAGAGAUAAACAUUGGCACAAUUCCUGGUGCUGGUGGCACUCAACGCCUGCCACGAUACGUCGGCAAGUCGAAGGCGAUGGAAAUCGUCCUCACUGGCAACUUCAUUGAUGCUUACGAGGCUGAGAAAAUGGGUCUUGUCAGCAGAGUGUUCCCAGUGGAAAAACUGUUAGAAGAGACCAUUAAACUAGCAGAGAGAAUUGGCACACACUCCCCACUGAUCGUAAAGUUGGCGAAACAAGCAGUCAACCAGGCAUACGAAACACAAUUGAAGGCUGGUCUGCAGUUUGAAAAAUCAAUCUUCUAUGGCACUUUUGCUACUGCGGAUCGCAGAGAAGGCAUGACUGCAUUCGUAGAGAAGAGAUCACCUAAUUUCAAGAAUGAAUAAUGCUCUUACUUUUUUUAUACAUACCAAUAUUUCGAAUUUUAUACUAUUUUUAGGUGUUAUCCUGUAGCAUUAAGAGAAAGUGCAAUCAGAUUUAUUCCAGGCUGAUAUUGUUUUACAAAAAAGUUGAAUAAUUAAUAUACAAUUUAUUUUUUCCAA